AUGAUUGAAGAGGAAAUCUCAGGAUGGCUGGAUGAUGGCGAUUAGCUUAAUAGUAUAAGGUUUAACAGAAAUAAAGAAGAGAGGAUAGAUAAACCUCCCUUGCAUUAAAAUCUCCGUAGUUAUAGCUUAUGUUAAAAAAAAGAUGACAACGAGAAAUUGCUUAGCUCAAAAUCAAAUCUCUUUUCUGAUAAAGAGAAUUCAUCAUAAUUUGUAAAGUGUAGGAUGUAGAAAAAAUAAAAUAGUACAAUAGAGGAAUUGAAAAAAGUGAUGGAGUUUCUAUCAAUAAAUGAACAAUAUAAAUAUGAGACUCACAGAGCAUUUGAUCCAAAUGAUGAUAAAUUCAUCAAGCAAUAGUAGUAACUUAUAGAAAAAUAAAAGUAAUAAUAAGAACUCAAAAAAAAUAAGUUCAAACUCUAAUUGGAUAUCAAGGAUAAUUAUCAGACAAUGCCAAAAUCAAGAAGGUAAUUGCAACCAAUAUCCGAUGUCUUAUAAACAUAAAAAAUUAACAGUGACAGAUCACAAAUUAACUAAAUUCAAUAGAGUGGUAUUUAGGAAUCUAAAAGUUAAACACAAACUAAAUUUAAAUUUCCGAAAUUCAUUAUCUAACAAUAAAAAUAUAAAAAACUGCAUUAUAAAACAGAUGAUUUCAAUGGAUAUAAAGACUAAUAGGAAUAAUAACCUAAACAUUUUAUUCAAAUAAAUAGAAUAUUUAGCAAUAAUAAUUUAACGGAUACAAAGCAAAGUAUCAUUUCCCCUAAAUCUGUUACGCAAGCUAAAUAUUAGGUUCAGUUAUAGCAGACGAUAAACAAUAUCAAUUAGGCAAGAGAUAAUGGAUACGCAUAUGAUUUAUUGUACAGAAAAACACCUUCAAGUAUAAUACAAGACAAUAAGGAAAAGUAGAAGUAGCUUAAAUUGCUAGAGAUAGCUCUAAAAUGUAAGAAUAUAAAAUGA